AUGAUUCAUCUCAAUCAUUUACUAUCACCAUCCACAUUUUACAGUUGCAAUAGUAACGAAGAAAACAUCAUGUCCGCCCAAGCUGCCAUCCCUAAAGCCGCCAAAGAGCUCAGCAAGCUCUUUGAAACCAUCGACAAAACCGCCUCCUCUGCCACCGCAUCUUGGGAGGAUGUCCUCCUCGACAAUGCACGCCGAGUCAGCACCCCACUUGUUAUCCAGAUGCUCACCCAGAUGGGCAUUGACUUGUAUGGAACCAAAUCGGUCGCCCCAUUCAGGCUGUUUGAAAAUGCCUGUGGAGCAGGUGUCGUGGCUCCUGUGCUUCAAAGGACUAUCAAGCCAGAUGUCUUGGCCAAGAGCAGCAUUCUGUGCGGCGACUUCUCCACCCCUUGUAUAGGGCUGAUUGAGAAGAGGAUCAAGGAGGAGGGGUGGGUGAACACUGAGGUGGAGAGAAUCGAUGCCCAGAAAACGAAACUGCCAUCAGCAACCUUCGACUAUGUGACGACCAAUAUUGGGUUCCAUGUCGUCCCUGACUCGGAAGCGGCUCUCGAUGAAACUAUCCGCAUUCUCAAGCCGGGCGGUGUUCUUGGCUUCACCACCUGGCAUCUCCCCCCAACCUGGGUCAACGACAUCCGAGAAGCCUUUGCAUCUUUCCCCUUUGAGGCACCAUACACCUGGGCCUUGCAGAUGACGGCCUGGGGUAAAUGGUCUGAUGUCUACUGGGUCCGGAAAACGCUCGCUGCCAAGGGCCUGGAGGAUAUCAAUGUUGAUAUCUAUGCUCACGUUAGCAAGGUGGACAACGCCGAGUAUUUCGUCGGCAGUUUGCCAUGAUGCUCGACUGGAUUAUGGAUAGCGCUUGGAGUGAGGAGUUGAGGAAGGCGCACCCGAGGGAGGAGGUGCAGGGGUUGGUGAAGAACUAUCUCGGGGAGAAGUAUGAGGGUGGAUC